AUGAACUUUUCAACUCGCAUGGACCUCAAGGUGGAAGCAAACAUGGUCCAUGUCGAGGGUUGGCACACCCAAGCACUUAAUUCUCACAGCUUCAACCUUCUUCCAAGUGGUUAUGGAUGUCAUCCAACAUGUUUAUGGACCUCAAGGUGGAAGCAAACAUGGUCCAUGUCGAGGGUUGGCACACCCAAGCACUUAAUUCUCACAAGCUUUCAGCCUUCUUCCAAGUGGUUAUGGAUGUCAUCCAACAUGUUUAUGGACCUCAAGGUGGAAGCAAACAUGGUCCAUGUCGAGGGUUGGCACACCCAAGCACUUAAUUCUCACAGCUUCAGCCUUCUUCCAGUGGUUAUGGAUGUCAUCCAACAUAUGGACCUCAAGGUGGAAGCAAACAUGGUCCAUGUCGAGGGUUGGCACACCCAAGCACUUAAUUCUCACAAGCUUCAAACCUUCUUCCAAGUGGUUAUGGAUGUCAUCCAACAUGUCGUGAGAAAGGGUGGAGUCACUCACAACAUGGAUGACAUCCAUAACCAUUGGAAAAAGGCUGAAGCUGUGAGAACUAAGUGCUUGGGUGUGCCAACCUUCGACAUGGACAAUGUGUGCUUCCACCUUGAGGACAAGUCAUAUGGGAAAGUUAUCUACUGCAACAUUAAUAUACUGCUUCUGUACAGAGGACAAAAUUAUGAUCCCAAGAACCGUCCAGUUAUUCCUCUCUUGCUGUGGAAGCCUUAUGCACCAAUAUAUUCUAAGCUUGUGAAGAAUGUAAACGAGGGUUUGACAUAUGAGGAAACAAAAGAAAUGAGAAACAUCGGAUUGAACUCAGAUCCUCUCAUGAAACUCACUAGAAAUGGUGUGUAUGUGAAUGUGGUGGAGAGGUUGAGGGAGGCUUUUAAGACUCAGGAGGUUGUUAGACUGGACUGCACCCAUGUGGGAACCAGUGACUGCAAAAAGAUUGGAGUGAAGCUAAGGGAUUUAGUGCCAUGUGUUCCUAUCUUGUUUAAGGAUGAGCAUAUAAUCCUCUGGAGAGGAAAGCUGAAUGAAGAGCACCCUUCAGAUUCACAUGUCAGCAACUCUAGUACCGUUUUCCCAUUGCUUGUUGUAUUCACUUUUGUCCCACUGCUAAAUGUGGAGGCUCUAUUGCUUCCCCAAGACUCUACUCUUUCCUGCGUCAUUCUUCCUUUCCUCCUCUUCCAGUACUCCCUCUAA